AUGGACGCCACAACAAACAGCACAGAAAGCCACACAAAGCUACAGCUGGAUGAGGAGGAAGAGGGCGUGCAACAGCAGCAGCAGCAGCAGCAGCAGCAACUGGAAGCGCCACAGACAACGGCGGCGACAACGGCAACAGCGGCGACCAUCAUUGACAUUCCAGCUGCCGUCGCCUUUGCCUCCUCGAACAGUUCCUUUGCCUGCUCCUCCUAUGACACGGACUGCAGCACGGCGAGCAGCACUUGCUGCACCCGCCAGGGCGAGCACAUUUACAUGCAGCACAAGCUGCCUGCUACAACAACAACAGCAGCAACAUGUUCAUCAGCAACAGCAGCAGCAGCAGCAGCGGCGGCAGCAUCAACAACAGCAGCAGCAGCAACAGCAGCAAACACAGCAACAACAUGCAACAUGCCACCAAUGGAAACAGAUGAGCUGAUGAUGCUCAAAUUCGAGCAUCGCAAACAUUGGCCAUGGUUCAUUCUGAUGAUCUCCGUCAUUGAGAUUGCAAUCUUCGCCUAUGACCGUUACACAAUGCCCGCCCAAAGCUUUGGCCAGCCGGUGCCCAUACCCAGCGACUCGGUGCUCGUCUAUCGACCCGAUCGCCGCCUCGAAGUCUGGCGUUUUUUCAGCUACAUGUUCCUGCACGCGAACUGGUUCCAUUUGGGCUUCAACAUUAUAAUACAACUGUUCUUUGGUGUGCCGCUGGAGGUGAUGCACGGCACGGCACGCAUCGGCGUCAUCUACUUGGCCGGCGUAUUCGCCGGCUCGCUGGGCACUAGCGUUGUCGACUCUGAGGUGUUCCUGGUGGGCGCCAGUGGCGGUGUCUACGCCUUGUUGGCAGCCCACUUGGCCAACAUAACGCUCAACUAUGCGCACAUGAAGUCCGCAUCCACGCAGCUGGGCUCUGUGGUCAUUUUUGUCUCUUGUGAUCUGGGCUAUGCUUUGUAUACGCAAUAUUUUGAUGCCGCUGCCACGCCCACCUUCGCCAAGGGCCCGCAGGUCUCGUACAUAGCGCACUUGACUGGCGCCCUAGCUGGCCUGACCAUUGGCUUCCUGGUGCUCAAGAAUUUCGGCCAUCGGGAAUACGAGCAGUUGAUUUGGUGGCUGGCACUGGGCGUCUACUGUGCCUUCACUGUCUUCGCGAUUGCCUUCAAUCUGAUCAACACUGUGACGGCGCAGCUGAUGGAGGAGCAGGGCGAGGUGAUCACACAACAUUUGCUGCACGACUUGGGUGUAUCCUAAGCAGUUAGCCAAAUACAAAAUAUAUAUAUAUAGUAUAUAUA